CGACACAAUUCACGCGUAUUUGUUUCGUUUCUGGAUAUUCUACGCAUAUUCUAGUCUAGUCUCAAUUAUAAUUAUUUGUGCAAUAUUAGAGUGUUCUUGUUUAGUUCACUGAACAUAUAUAUAUAACCAUGUGGAAAGGAAGAAGUGGAGAAGGGCUGGCAUUUUGUGGAGCAGCGUGUGUUUGUUGCUGUAUCGUGGGUAUCAUCUUAGCACUGAUUGGACUCGGGAUCGCCAAAAUAGUCAUCGGAGCCAUCCAUCUUCAUGACUGUCCUCUACAAGACUUGGUGCCCAUCUGGCUGAUCGUGAGCGGCGUGGCUCCAAUCUUCUUUGGCGGCUCGGCGCGUAAACAAGGGGAUGACGGUGAUGAAAGUCAAAGUCCCGCGCGCAGCGUCUGUGGGGUCAUAGGGCUGGUCUUCAACCUUGCCUGGCUCAUCUGUGGAUCAUUGUGGGUGUACCCCACGUUCGGAACGGUAAACAACGAUGACUUCGUGCCCUGUAUUGGCAACGUUACGACGGGCUGCUCUCAAGACUGCCAUAAGCCGACCUUGACCUUCGCGUUUGCCAUGGUCACAAUCGACUGGAUUUUCUUCGUAUUCUGGUGUAUUACCACAUUGUGCUCUUUCCGUGCAAUUUGCUCUCGGUCACGUGGUGGGGCGCAGAUAAGUGCUUAGUGUGUGUAUUCUUUGAGCCAAACACAAUGAUUUUGUAUAUGUAUGCAAGUGUUAUCUAGUAUUUGUGUAAUGAGUCUUCGUUUCAUAAUAUAUUCUUGUAUCUAAACACACCUGGACGUUGUGACAACUUUUUUUUUGUCUUGGAACGAGCCAUUUUUUGCGACAACCCAUGGAAACCAGUUAUAUAAGACUGCUGACAAAAAUUAGAUCGCAGAUUUUUAUAUUUAAGUUCGAAAAGUUGAUGUUUUAUGCAUUUUUCUUAAACCGUUAGUUAAACAUUAAUUUUCGAACGGAAAUAUGAAAAUCUACGAUCUGAUUUUUGUCAGCAAUCUUACAUCAUUGGGUUGCAGAUAUUUACGUAAAUUUUUUCUCUUUCCAAGACAAAAAAUAAAAAUGUUGUACAAAUGGUACAUCUGUGAGAGUGUAGCUUUAAGAAAUGGUUAACAUUUUUUUAACUUUUGUGUUAAAUUUGGAUUUCUUUUAUUUAAAAAAAAAACUAAUUCUUUAAACUGGCGUUUUAAUUUUUAAGACUUUAAGUGACCAUAUUUUGAUUGCAGAAUAUACACUUAGCAUGACACUUUCUACCAGUGAAAUAAAACCGUUAAGGAAAUUGUUGAAUAUAAGGAAAAGGAACUAUUUAAACUUAAGAUACUUCAGUAAUUUGGUUUCUGUACAUACAUCAAAAACUUCACCAAAACGUUGCUUGUGUCGUUCCUGAAAAGAAGCCAUGACUGCGGAGACCAUCUGCAUGAUGUCGUUCAAAGCGGCUGUAUUCUCCCUGCAUAUUGUGACCUGCGAACUCUACCAUAAACAAGUGAAUUGUAUUCCUUGUAAACUUGUUACUUUUGUAUAUUUAUGCGACCGUGUAUGCCUGUUUUUCUUUACUAUUAAAAUUUCAAAACAAUA